AUCCGUUACUUUUAUGUCACAUGGAGACUCACUCUGGAACAACGACAGGUCCUCAUCGAUUGUCGAUGACACUUUCUGUUUCUGUAGAUGGAAGCGAGACUGCCCUCAUUGAGCAGUGCGGCGCUCACAUUGGCGAAGACACGGUUUCAUCAUCCGAGUCUGUGCCCGCCCUCCGCUUUCAAAAGAAUACUCUCGCCCAUCUCCCAGUCGAGAUUCUUGCGAAUAUAUUUAUGUACAUCGUAUCAGAGGAGGAGAGUUAUAUGGGCGUAUCCAACCCUCGCGGUGCUCCUGCGUGUCUGGCGGCCACGCACGUCUGCACUCUGCAGGCACUGGCGCGAAACCGCCCUCGAGUGCUCGACUCUUUGGGCAUUUAUCGAUGGCGUCUCUGCUCAGUGGCUAGCCACCAUGCUGGAGAGGUCGAAGAAAGCUGCCCUGGUCGUCAUUUACAAUGAUCCCAAACCGCUACGACAAUGUGGCUUUGAGAAAAUUCUUUUACAGUUGCCUCGAAUCAAAUUUCUCCAGUUGUGUCCAUCUCCACCGGAGGCUGAUCGCAUUUUGGACUGCUUGUCAUCGCUACCCGCACCGUUGCUUCAUACAUUCAAAUUCGUGGUCUUUGGGAACGCGACAUUCGCUAAGCCCAUAUCGGACACCAUUUUUCAAGGAGAAGCACCCCGACUUCGGAGCGUCCAGCUCGUGCAAUGCUACUUCAGUUGGACAUCAUGUAUUUUCAGUGGGCUUCGCUCUCUUCAUAUAGGAUUGUCCCCUAAGCGUAGUCCUCUGUCGCAAAUCCUCUCGGCUCUGAGACGCAUGCCUGAAUUGGAGCUACUUACGCUUGAACCUCGAAGUUCCAAACACUCUGACGCGCCCUUCGAUCAAGUUGCACUCCCUCGGUUGAGAAGGGUAGAGCUGUCUAACUCUACUAUCCACAUUGCUACAUCCUUCUUUUUACAUCUAGUCCUUCCCGUUGAUGUCUGGGUUGUCCUAAGCCUCACGAAAAUCGAAAGCGCUCAAAGUUUUUGCUGAUCUAUUUUCGGCCAAUACACAAGAAUCAUGACGAAUCUGUUCCCGUCAUUCGGUCCCUACGUGUCAGCCUUUUGCACGACCUUUUCACACUCCGGUUCAGUACGUCAAUACCUGAGCAUCCGUGGGCCCCUCGUGACAGUCAUAUACGACUCUCCAUUGCAUUCUUACACAA